AUGGACACCGGCAGGCGACAAGGUGUUGGCCGUCCAUCGCCUAUCAAAGAAAGCAGACGUGGGAGGCCGGUCCGCUUAGCAAAACAGGAGAUGCUGCUACCUGGGGAAGAUCUGACAGCGGAGACUACAAGAAGAGGUACCUGGUGCGCGGCGCGCCCGCCACGGGGGCGGGGACUGUCCCGGGGGCGGCGGCGCGUGGAAGCCGCCGCGGGCAAGGCAAGACGGCGCCAAACGUGCGCCACGAGCCCCCCCACGCCCAGCCCCCGCGCGCCCGCCCCUGAGCGCUCGCACGCACGCGCGCUGCGCCGCUUCGGGCCGUGGCAGGUGCGCACGUUGCUGCUGGUGGCGCUGGUGAAGGCGCCCUCGGCGUGGCAGAUGGCCGCCAUCCUCUUCACGUCGCCCACCCCGGCCGCCCACGAGUUCUGGUGCAGCCGGCCGCACGCCGCGCGCCACCACGACGCCGGCCAGUGGAGGAACUACAAGGCUUAUGAAUUCUUCGCAUCACAACAAAUGUUACCAUUUGAUAGAGGAAAUGCUACUGUUCAACCCUGCACAGAAUUCGAAUUCAAUUCAUCGGUGACCACUGUCACACAGUGGAAUUUAGUGUGUCAACGACAAGUUUUAAUUAGUGUCUCGCAAUUCUUCUACCUUCUUGGAAUUUUGGUAGGAGGUGCUGUAUGUACAAAGUUACUCACCAGAGUUGCUCCUCGAAGAUUGCUGUUGGCUGGCAUGUUGGUGCAGAUUGCAGCUGGAAUAGGAGUCGCUUUUUCAACUUUUAUUGAGCUGCAAAUGUUCUUGAGAUUUCUUACAGCAGCAGCAUGUGCUCACAUGUUCACUGCAGGUUGGAUACCAGAAUCUCCUCUCUGGUUGUUAAAUGCAGGCCAGAGUACGGAAGCCAAAGCAAUCCUUGACGAAGCCACUAAGUAUAAUGAUGAAAUUCAACCACUGAUGGAUACUACACCCCUAGACACAAGGAUUUCAGUUGCUUCUGAACCACAGAGAUAUGAUUUGAAUAUUUAUUGCUAUACUGCUCUUCAUAUUGCUUGGGCAGGAACAAUUGUAACAUAUUACGGCGCUUUACUUAAUGUAAAGAACAUUGGUGAUCAUUUAUUCCUAUAUACAGGAAUUGCAGAUUUGGCAACCCGAGCAUGGAUUAUGUUAUUGAUAGCAAUGAUUGCACGUGUUUCCAUAGCUGCAUCACUCAAUAUGCUAACUGUGGUGUCUGCUGAAUUACUUCCUAAAUCCACAAGGCAAAGCAUAAUGUUUUCUGCAGUUACAAUAGCACGGGUCUGUUUACUCUCAGCACCUUUUAUUGGUUCUCUGGCUAUGUAUGGAGACUGUGUAUCGCUUUCAGCUUUUGGAGCUCUAACAGCAAUGGCUGGAUUUGCUGUUCUCCCAUUGCAGAAAGUUGAUAAUAUGAAAAAUUUUGAAAACAAUAAUGGCAGUACCUCAAUAAAAAAUUAUUAUGGCCAGGGAACAAGGUGCAGAUCUUCAUCUAUGCCCAAUGGAGGUGAAGAGUCAUUGAUAUUGAAUAGUCCCCAGCAAUCUAAAGAAUAAUUGGAGGCACUUAUUUCUUAAUAAAUAUUAGAAACUAUGCCAUUUCAAGAUAAAAGGGGAGUCUACAAAAGCAUUUCGAAGAGACAGCGUCACCAGUAAAAACAAAUUAAUAGCCAUUAUAUAGGAUGGCCAUGUGGUAUCAAGAUUACAAAGAAAAUAUCAUUUCCUUCCACUGUAAGUACUGAUCUACAUUUUUGAGCUAGAAUAAAAAUG